UACCAUAUAAUCCUAAGAAAUCUUAAAUAUUUGUGGAAUCUAAAACAAUACUAAUUGAAUACCAUGAAUAUUUAAUGAUUCGUUACAUAUAUCCUAAUUGAAUAGCUAGGAGUUUUUAGGAUGGUUAAAUAUGCACGUAAAUCUUAAUCCACUGCACCCGUGUUCCCCUUUGAUCCAAUCAAUCAAUCCAUGGAGGUCUUUGUACCAGGAGUUCAAACCUUAUCGGAAACUGGUGUCACUCAUGUUCCAUCUCAAUACAUACAACCACCACAGAAUCGACCUCAUCAACCAAUAACAACUUCUUCCUCAGAUUCUCUCAACAUACCCAUUAUUGAUUUAUUCAAUUUCAAUCCGCAACAUUCAAACGAUGUGCGUGCAGAACUUGGUCGAGCUUGUAGUGAUUGGGGUGCUUUUCAAAUUACAAAUCAUGGGAUUUCAAAUUCACUAAUCAAAGAUAUGAUUGACGUAGGUUUGACUUUCUUUAGUGAGUGUUCAACUACAGAGAAAUCUAAGUAUUCUUGUGAUCCAAAUUCUGCUGCUUCGGAAGGAUAUGGAAGUCGAAUGCUAGUCAAAGAAGAUAGUGUCUUGGAUUGGCGAGAUUAUUUUGAUCAUCAUACUUUUCCAUUAUCUCGUCGAAACCCUAAUCGAUGGCCAGAUUUUCCUACUAAUUAUAGAGGAGUUGUGGAAGAAUAUAGUAAUCAAAUAAAGGAACUUGCGCUGAAGUUGAUGAGCAUGAUAUCUGAAAAUCUAGGUUUACAUUCUUCAUGCAUCGAAGAUAUAGUUGGAGAGGUUUAUCAGAAUAUAACUAUCAGUUAUUACCCUCCUUGUCCGCAGCCAGAACUUACUCUGGGGUUACAGUCACAUUCUGAUAUAGGUGCCAUAACUCUUUUGAUACAAGAUGAUGUUGGGGGUCUUGAGGUUUUGAAGGACGACAAAUGGGUGACUGUUCAGCCUGUGUCUGAUGCAAUUGUUGUCAUUUUGGCCGACCAAACCGAGAUUAUGACCAACGGCAAGUACCGAAGCGCGGUACAUCGGGCUGUAACCAAUUCUCAUCGAGCGCGGCUCUCAGUGGGGACAUUUCAUGACCCAGGUAAGAUUAGGAGAAUUGCACCAGCUGCUCAGCUUGUAGACAAGGACACUCUAGCCAGAUAUAAAGAAGUUGUAUAUGGAGAAUAUGUUUCAAAUUGGUACUCCAAAGGCCCCGAAGGAAAAAGAAAUAUUGAUUUCCUAUUAAUUGAUCCCCUAUUACUUAACCAACAGUAGUGAUUCUUCUUCGAGCUGGAUGAAGCAAUCUUGUGGGUGGAGUAUAUGUUUGUGUUUAAUGGUGUAUGGUUUUUUGUUUUCUCUGCCUGAUUUCUCUUUGCUACUAUCUGGUACACACAAAUGUAUAUUCAGUAUUACCAACUGCAAGCGCAAAAUGAUUUGAAGUCGUAGUUAUUGUUGUGUUGGUCUCAUGGACAAACUAGAAAACAGUAGAUGUUAAUUCCAAGUUAAAACAGUUGAUUACCAUGUCCAUUGUCAAGAAUACAAAGCAUAGUUUGGAUAACUUAGCCUAUGUAAAGAAUGGUCAGGAUUUAUCCUCACAAAAGGUAAAUCUAUGGAUGUAAUCGCUUGUCAUAGCUGAUGGUUGUGAUUGUAAUUAGAAAUGCGUCUCAGUAAUAUUUCAUUAACUCUUUAUAAAGAAAAUAAAUGUCAAA